GCUUUCCUUCCGAACGGAAACCUGCUGUGUCCGAUUUUUUUUGACGUAAAUACUGCAGCACUGUGGUCCGAUGAAAUGUCGAAAAAAUUGUACUAAAAGAAAAGGCAAAACUCGUAAUAAUGACAUCUUUUUGGAAUGACCUAGUCCAAUUGCUUUUAAAGAACUGGUUUCAUUCGAUACUUCUUCUGGUUUCAUUUUUUCUGUCUGCCUAUCAGAGUUUCAUAUCAGAACAUUCAACAUGCCUUGCCUUAUUGUCAUUCAACAACCUCUGUUUAUUCAACCUACUUCGCAUUGUGAGUCAUCUGAUUGGGCUGUGGUCUGACUCAUUUACUCCUAGCAGCAAUUAUAGCUAUGGACUCAUCAGAGUAAGAGUGAUGGUUGUGUUCAGCAGUCUAGUGUUGAUGGCUCUGGUUACCUGCUGCACUCUGAGGGUUAUCCUAGUGUUUCUUCUUAUUAAGAGUGGUGAUGUUCUUAGAUCUUGCAGUUCUGCUGGUAAUGCCCUGCUGCUUGGCUUGGAGGUGUUGGUGCUGACGGCUGUCAUCUCUGGCACUAUGCCUGUGUCUCCUAUUGACUGCGUCAUAAGAGCUGCUUCAACUGCAGCUUCUCAUCCUUUUCUCACUUCUUUUUCAAUAAUGUCCAAGAAACAUUUGCCAAAAGCCUGGAGACCUAGAUCGAUUCUGGGCUCCCAUGCUUACAAGUUUCUUAAAGAUCAACUCUGUCCUGUUCUCCUGCUAGUGUUUACUAGUUGGCUGAUGCUUGUUUCUCACAGUGUUACCCUCUCCUUCAUAGCCAGCUUGUUUGGUGAGAUCAGCACAAGUACAUUUGUACUUUUACUUGACUCAGUGACUGCUAUGUGCAUCCUAGGACUGGCUGCAUCAUACCUCUGGCAACCUUUCCUGCUCACAACACGUGUUCUAAUGCAGGCUGUGUCAGUGCCGAGCAACAGCGUUUUACAGAGGGCGCUGCACAGAGCCUCCACCAUCGACGGGGUCCUGGAGCUGCGACAUACCAACGCCUGGUCCCUCACCCCCCACUGUUUCAGACCCCAUGGCGGGAGUUCACACACCGAGGCGCUGGUGUGCAGCGUGCUGGUGCGGCUACAGCGCGAUGCUGACCCUGCGACAGUCGUGAGGCAACUGAAGGAAUGUUUACAACAUUGCGUAGCUCACCUCACUAUACAGGUGUACAAAGAUGAUUGGGAGCAGUCUGCAGGUGCCGCUGUUCGAGUACCGCAGCGUCCUUCACUCAUUCAAAAUUUAUACAAGACAGAAGCCUCAAAAUUCAACUCCAACGUUCCGAAGAUUCUACCUAACAAGCAUACUGCCGCUAUGCUGUCUGUAUCUCCAGCAAUCAAUUUGAUACUGGAGGAUAUACCUCGAAAUACCUCUAAUGUAUCGCAAAACCAAUCUAUAAUUGAAGCCCAACAGAAAGUGACUAGUAGUUUCUACUCUGAAAAAAUUCCGACAAUGAGCCAGCAGUCUAUUGUGCCACCAUUACCUCACAAUGUUUCUCCAAAUUUCAUCAGCAAUAUGGAUAAGACUAAGACGUACCUGGCAGAAGGCGACGUGAGCAAUUGCAUUCCAAUUCCCGAUAGUUCCUCAAACUCUCACUUGAAUGCAGCAUCAAUAUCUCAUAUUCCGUCGUCCGUUUCUUCCGGACUUGGUAUGAAGAGAACCUUCCCUUCACACCACUACGUCAACGUCAACCUUCCCACAUAUGAGGUCGGGACUCGGCUCAGCUACAGUCGCAGAACAGGGCUACAGGACGGACUCAGUUUGCCUCCUCACACUGAUGUGAAAGACCGACACUUAAGUGAUGAAAAGGCCGAUCACAUUCAAAAAUAUCAACAAAUUAUUACAAGAUGCGAAAGUAAAAACUCAGAGAACAUGAACUCUAUAGAUCAGGAAUCAAGUCAUUACGUAGAUUCUAGAAAUGAGAAUAGCAAUGUCCUAAAAAGCUUUCAUAAUGCUGUAUUCCAUCCUAGUCCUAGUUCGGUUUUAAUGAAUCAAAAUUUAGUGCAGCGUGAUGGCAUUAAAAGUGAAACUCUAACUAAAUGGCCUUACAGCACCCAUUACGAUCUCGAUGAACAUGCCUAUGUAAACAUUGAUUUCAUUGGUAAAUCUUAGUUCAAAAAAUGACCUGCUUCUUUUAUGUCUAUAAUAAUUAAUGUCCAAUUAAUUACUUCAUGUUAACGGAAGAAUACUUGUUAUUGUUGAAUUGAAAGAUACAUUUAUAUGACUCUUGUUGCUUUAGACAGGGAAGAUUGACAGUAUUUGAUAUCUUUUUUGGGGGGAUUUUUGGUAAUUGAUGUUUUGCUUGUCGUGCAUCUAUUUACAGUAUCAUGCCUAUCUGUUGAAUUGUGAUUAGUAAAACAUGUAAAUGAC